CCGACCGCGUGCGCUGGCGGGGGGGGAGGGGCGGCUCCCGCGUCCGCGCGCUGUGGGGAGGGCGGCAGCCGCCGUUAACGGCUCCUGCGUCGCGCGCUUGCUUCGCCCUCGCUGCUUCCCCCCCUCUUCCCUCAGGCCAUGGCGAAGAGCCUGAGGAGCAAAUGGAAGAGGAAGAUGCGGGCGGAGAAGAGGAAGAAGAACGCGCCCAAAGAGCUGGAGAGGCUGAAGAAGAUCCUGGGAACCAACGCGGAUGUCGUCAUGGAGGAGGUCAAGGAGGUGGCGACCGUGCUGGCCCCCAAGAAAGUCCUCGAGCAGGGGGAUGACUGCAAGAUGGACAUAGAUAAUAAACGAAACAAAAAAACUCUCCUAGACAAGCAUGGACAGUACCCAAUAUGGAUGAAUUCCAGGCAGAGAAAGAAGCUAAAAGCACAGCGUAUUAAAGGGAAAAAAAAAUCAAAAUUGGCCAAAGGCCUAGUCUGGUGAAAUCGGAGUUUUGUAAGAUCAUGAAUAUUUUACUCACAAAAUAAAUAUUCCAAAUGAGUAUGUUAUAUUUUUGUCCUUGGCCCCUGAGUAUAAUUUAUCAUGUUGCAUGAACUUUUGAAGAUACUGUUAGACCAGCAAAUAAUGAAAGCAGUAUCAACUUGUUGUCUGCCGAACUUAAAAAUACAAAAAGCAAGCUGAGUGCCUUUGAAUAGACUGUGUGUCUGUGGUUAUCUGUUUUCUUGAGGGGGGAGGGUCUUCAUCUUUUAUAUUGUGAACACUGAAAACGCUAAGGGAAACCUAAAAAUAAUUAAACUAAAUGUUUUUUGUACUGUGGUCUUUGUCAGUGUAACUUGUCUUUUAGUAAAUUUAACCAAAGGAUUCUGUAAAUUCACCAUAUCCUUUAAAUUCUUCUGUAAAUUACUUUUUUGCACCAAUUUGUGUUGCUUUUAACAUCUGGUAAUUAACAAAAAUGGGCUUUUAAGAUGUAACUUAAAAGAGAUUUUACACUGAAAUCAACACCGAGGCUUCAUGAAACUUCUGUAAGUAAAAAGGCCAGGUGUCAGUCUGACUUCAGUUCUCAAAGAGAAAGUUACUGGAACAAAGAAGUAUUUCACUGCUGUCUAUAACUGAAAUAUUGUAGGAACUAAAUAACUGAAAGCAAAACUGAUUCUUUUAUUAUUAAUACGAGAGAAUGCAAAUGCACAGAUUGGAAGUAAAAUGGUUUUAUUUAAGAUACUUUCCAAGUUUUAGUAAAGUAAAGGAGAAUUUACUUUUCCACAUGUUUUUUCAGUGGCCUUUUAUUCCUCUUAAAAUGGUACUCAUCUAUCAUGCUUUACAAUGUGGGCAUAGGAUAAAAUAUUGCACGAUUGUGUAACAGAUGCCAUUUAUAUGUGAUUAGCUACAGUUGGUUGCAUAUUACUCGGCAGUAACAUGUGAUGACAGAUGCAAGAACUAGUUGCCCUGAAAGCUUGUGCUUUUAAAAUGUCUCUCAUUUCAAGGAUGGAAAUAAUUACAGUAACGGUGCUGCAGUGUGUUGCCUGUUGAAGUACCUUUCCUUGAUACAGAGUAUAACCUUUGUCCAGUUUCAUGUAAGAUGGGAUCCAUGUUCUGUAAUUGCCCACAGAUUGUGAUAUGUGUCUGUUGUGAUAAUUUGGGCACAGGGAAUAGGAUUUAAUCUUUUAGAAGUGAUUAUAAUAGCUUAUACUGUGCUAAAAUCCACUGAGAACUCAACCUGAUAGAAUAUGUAUUUUUUCUAGAAAAAUACAGUGGGGUUUUAUUGUUAGGGGAAGAAUAUUCUGUUGCUCAGGUAAAGAACUACAAAGGUGUUGGAGGAAAUACCAAUGCAUCUUCUGUUAUCACAUACAUUGACAGUUAAAGAGACUUGGUGAGAUCUAUAGAUCAAAGUUUACCAAAUUCACGCCAUUAAUAACUUUUAAAAUAUUUGCAUUAAAUUGAUAAUAACCCUGCUAAAAACAGAUGCUUCUCUUAAUUCGUUUUUUUAUUAGAUAGGUCUAGAUUUCAGUAUCAAGUAUGUUAGCAUUUAGAUUAGUACUACUUUAAAAUUGAUUAAUAUGGAGGAAAGUGUUCUUUAAGAUUCAUAAUUAUGUUUAUCCAGAAAUGGAAUGGAAUGAACAGUCAGUAUGCAUUUCUUUACUAUUUUAAUGACAUAAGCUGUAUCUCGCUUAGUAUGUGCUUUGGGGAGUUGUGGAGAGAAGCUUCUCGGGCUCACGUGCUAACAGUUUGGGAUUUUUUUCUGUAGAGUAAGCACAGUGCUACUUACGACAUUUUUGUUUGUAAAUCAGAUCACUUUCAAGCAGCUGCUGGUGAGAAAGCAGACCACUUUUCCUGUGUGCAGAUAAUCAGACUGGCAGCGUACUCCCAUUUAAAUGUACGGCUUCAGAGUCAGUUUUAUUUUCGUUCUUCAGGUGAACGGCCAUACUUUAUGUCCCAUCUUAAUCAAGGCUGCCACUGCCAUGCUUACCUUACCCUCUCCUCCCUCUGGAGUUGUUCCAGUUCUGCCUCUGCUCCUUCCUCUGUAAGACAAAACGAUCAGCACAACUAAAUACUCUUUCUUAUUUCUGGUUUUAUGACCUAGCCCUGAGCUUUGUUGCACAAAUAUAUUAGUCUACUGCUUUUGUGACCAGAUUAAGGAGUUGACUCCCAAAUGAGAGACGGCAGAUGCUGCACUGAUCUCUUAUUUAGCAGUUGCUUCCUAGCAGCUGAAACAAUACUGACCAUGUGAGGUAUUUCCUUCAUGGUGUCCAGGAUAAAGUCAAACAGGUUCACUUAAAAUACAGAUAUUUUAAGACAUCCUGUUUGGUUUUUGGGAUGAAACAGAGGAUAAGAAAGGAAUAAACCCCGGUCUUCAGUGGAAGGUAACUUAGUUUAGUACCAGUGUACUGUGUACAACAUCGCAGCUCGCUUGAGUGAGACAGAGCGCUCUCUGGGCCAGGAAGGAUAUUGAGAGCCCGGCUGGGUGGGAUCUGUAAUCCAGGCUGAAGGCUCACUUGCAGACAGACAGCAGGAGCCUGGCUAAAUGUGCAGCACAGAUACAACCUCAGAGAUUGAGUUACAGAUGCAGCAGGGGAAUUCUAGCUUCUAGGGUUUGAGCAUAUACUAUAUGUGGAUAUUGUAAGGUUGUAUUUGGAAUUUACUUUAGAUCUGCUUUGAGCAGCUAUAUUUUUUGAAUGUGAAUACCAAAGUUUUAGUUGUCCCUGAAUAUUUGAUUUACAUUGAUGAAUCUGAAAAAUGCUCUGUUUGAUCAGUUGAUGAAAAAAAUAAUGUUUCUGUACAAUAGAAAAUGAAUUUAAACAUACUAGGUUUUGGCUGAGACACAUGUUUUAAAAGUUAUUAGGGGGAUUUUCAAAGUAGUAAGCUAUCUAAACAGCAUUUUGAUUAUAUCAUGAUUUGUUGAUCGUAAAAUGUUUAGGUUGCGAUUGAGUUAAACUGAUGGAAGUCUAAAAGUGUAUAAUGGAAACGACAUUGUCAGAGUUUUUUGGUUUUUUAAUUGCAUAACUGUGCUUUUAUGAAACUGCUUAGUUAAAACUUCUGACCACUGUAACUGCCAUCUACCUGCGAAGUGCUGUGGUAGCUGUAUUUCAUGGAUCUACAAAAGGUGGGGGAAUUGAUGUAGGCAGUUUUGAACUACAAGUGUAAAUGCCAGAAUGAAAGAAUUAAAAACCUCUUAUUGAAA